GAGAUCGCGGCGAUGUCGCAGGGGACGACUCCCUGGGGGCCGACCCCAGCAGGGCCGACCCCGGCGGGAACAACGCCCGAAUCGGAGGUACGCCGCCCCUUUCCCUUCCCGGUCCCAGUGCCGCUACCAGAGACCUCCGAGCUCUCAUUCCCCGUCCGCGGAGUCAGCGGCCGAGCCAAAUCCGGUCUCUGAAAAGGCGCCGCACGUCCGGCCCCGGCUGAAAACUGGGAACAUUUUUGAAUUUCAAAAACCUUGAAACUUGUUUAAAGGAUGCUAUUCUACUAGAUUAUUAUGUAUCUGGAUUUUUGUGGGCUAGAGGAAUGGAGUUUUCUAUUAUUCAGUAUUCAAAAUUUAUGACUUUACUAGCUAUGUUACUUCAAAAUCUUAAAACACUACAUAUGUCCUUAGAGGACAGCAUAAAAUGGCUUGGAGAAGUUAUGGCUGAAAUAGGACCAACACAUUCACAAAAAAGUGAGGACUGGAAUAUCUUUGAUGUAAAACAAGCCAAUGCUAUCAUUGAUUACUUAAAAAUCAGCUUAUUUCAACACUACAAGCUAUACGAGUUUAUGUUCUUCUCUGCCAGGGAAGAAAUUGUGAUAGGAACUGAGCAAGUAAUAGAGGUUGUCAAGUCUGCAUGUAGCCCUUUCCCAAAUCCUCUGGAAGAAGGAAUCUCAUCUGAUAUUUAUUCAACAUUCAUAGAGCCCCCCACAACAUUGGAUACAGAAAUGAAGGGGUUGGAUCAAGAACAAAGUCCUGAGGAGUCUCAGCCAGAAACUGACACCUCAAACAUGGAUCCUUUAGUUGGAUUCACCAUUGAAGAUGUAAAAUCAGUGCUGGAUCAAGUCACAGAUGACAUUUUAAUCAGCAUUCAGACCGAGAUAAACGAAAAACUGCAAAUACAGGAAGAGGCCUUUAACGCACGAAUAGAAAAAUUGAAAAAGGCCUGAGGACUCGGUACAAGGAGAGUGAUGCUAAACUUCACAGAAACAAACAAAACCAGUCAGAAUAAUAGACUCUCUGGAGCAUCGUAUCUCCGUCACUUAGUUGUGAAAGGAAAACCAAGCCCCACUUUUUAUUUUCCUAAGUAAUUCGGAAAGUAUUGGUCCCAAUUUUGCUAUCUCCCAUCCCAUAACAGCCUCUGAAUUUAUUGCACCAAGUGUAAUAAGAAUAUUUUGUAUACAAGAGUUUGGAGAAUUAUAUAUAAAAAUACAAUUACUUUUAUGAUAGUCCUUUGACGUUUUGACUAAUAAAUGCUAUUCAUCUUCAAGGAGAAUGAAGCCAACUUUUUAAAUAACCAGAAAUAAAGAAAAAUGAUAAUAACUUUAUCCAUUUUGACCCAAAUGAACUGCCACAUUACUGGAACACUGUGAAAAGAUACCAGUACCACACUACUGAGGAUAAAAUUUGUUAAACAAUAGCAAUUCAAGUGCAUAUACGAGGGUUUUUUGUUUUUUUUUUUUUACUGAAAUCAUUUGUUUUUCUUAUUUAAACGUUUCAGUGUGAAAACAAUUUUCUGAAAUUAUAUAAUGCAGUUUGAAGCACUUUAAUUUAUUCUGUACUGUAUUUGUUAUUUCUAAUCUUGUUACUCUCCCAGGAGAAUACAUGACCUAUAUAAAAAGAAGCAAUGUAUAAAUGGUUAUUAAAGACCAACCUAUAUAUAGAUUGUAAAAAUCUUAAAUACAAAUCAAACUCAUAGAGUUCCCA